CAGACCAAGAUGGACAGAACCUUGGAAUCUCUACAACAUAUAAUUUCCCAAGUCCUGCCUCACAGAGACCCUGCACUUGCAUUUAAAGACUUGAAUGUUGUGGCAAUGCUGCAGGAAUUUUGGGAGAGUAAACAGAAACAGAAAGGUGUAUUUUCAAGUGAAGGCACUGUGGUAUAUGAGUCACUGAAUUCACCUGGGCCUCCAUUUGUGAGUUAUGUCACCCUGCCUGGAGGAAGCUGCUUUGGUAAUUUUCAGUACUGCUUGAGCAGGGCAGAGGCAAGACGAGAUGCUGCAAAAGUAGCUCUGAUCAAUUCUCUCUUCAAUGAACUGCCUUGUCGCAGGAUCACAAAGGAGUUCAUUAUGGAAAGUGUUCAAGAAGCUGUUUCCUCGACCAGUGGUUCUUUACAUGAUGCAGAUGACCCAAGCACAAGUAUUGGAGCCUAUCAUUAUAUGCUGGAGUCCAACAUGGGGAAAACAAUGCUAGAAUUUCAGGAACUGAUGAUUGUCUUUCAAUUACUGCAUUGGAAUGGAAGCCUCAAAGCCCUGCGUGAAACAAAGUGCUCUCGGCAAGAAGUGAUUUCCUACUAUUCCCAGUACAGUUUAGAUGAAAGAAUGAGAAGCCACAUGGCCCUGGACUGGCUGAUGAAGGAGCAAGAAACUCCAGGAGUUAUUUCCCAAGAGCUACAAGUGGCACUCAGAGAGCUGGAAGAAGCAAGGAAAGCCGGACAGGAGCUGCGGUUUUACAAAGAGAAAAAAGAAAUACUGGGCUUAGCACUGAGUCAGCUCUACAGCGAUCAUGCCGUCACAUCUUCAAAUGAUGAUCAUAUGAGUCUAGCCCUAAGUGGCUUUCGCUAGGGCAGCCUGUAGCUGCCAAAUAGGUGUGUAACCCUGAGCAGUAAUGUGGGAAUUCAGAUCAACUCAACGUAACCAUUCACCUUCACCAUAUGAGGGCUGGAUCCUGCCGACCCACUCUGCUGAAGGCAGCACUUUCCUCC